GCUGCUUUCUAUGUGUGUCUGAGACUGUGUCUGCCUGUCCUGGGGAUGUCAGAGACUCCCAGAAUCCAGCUAAAAGAUGAAGCUGCCCCCUGAAAAAUGGAGUGAGGGGGUGCAGAUGGGAGAGUCCUCUGGGGGAGACAUGCAGCUGGGGGAGACAGUCGGGGGAGGAGAGGUGUCUGCUAGCCCAGAAACUGCACAGGAAUUUCAGCAGGAGCCAGGACCAGGGGCCUCCCAGAAUACCCAUCACCCAGAGCCAGGACCUGGAGUACCCCACAAUGCCCAUCAUCCUGAGACAGCUCUUAAUAUUCAGCCUGUGGCUCCCACCACAUCCUCAAACCAAACACGAGAGACCUGGGGAGGAAAGUACGAGUUCCUUCUUUCCUGCAUUGGGUACUGUGUGGGCCUCGGCAAUGUCUGGAGGUUCCCAUAUCUCUGCUACCGCAAUGGAGGAGGAGCCUUUCUCAUCCCGUACUCAAUCAUGCUGAUUUUCACCGGACUCCCUCUCUUUCUCAUGGAAUUGAGUUUGGGUCAAUAUGGAGCUGCUGGACCCAUCACUGUUUGGAAAUGUUGUCCAAUCCUGAAAGGGAUUGGCAUUGGGAUGCUUAUCGUCUCUUCUCUGGUCUCCUUAUAUUAUAAUGUCAUUAUUGCUUGGACAUUUUAUUAUUUGGGAAACUCUUUCCAGAGUCCACUGCCAUGGUCAUGUGAAGCCUCUCAGUAUGUCCAGCUGUGUAAGAAUUCCACAAACAAUGGAUCUCAGUUUAGUGCAACGGAGGCCUUCUGGAAUGAGAAGGUUCUGGGUGUGGUGCGAAGCUCUGGACUCAGUGACCCCGGACCCAUUCGGUGGGAGCUUGCCCUAUGUUUGCUGGCUGCUUGGGUCAUCAUUUUCCUCUGCACGUUGAAGGGCAUCCGAAGCUCAGGCAAGAUUGUGUAUUUCACGGCUACCUUCCCCUACGUUGUCCUCAUUGUUCUUAUUAUACGAGGUGCCACAUUGGAUGGGUCCAUCGAUGGAGUAAGGUUCUACCUGACCGCUGAUUGGAGCAGACUUCGAAGUGCUCAGGUGUGGAAUGACGCAGCCUCUCAGAUAUUCUACUCCCUGGGCAUUGGGUUUGGUGGCCUACUGUCCAUGGCCUCAUAUAACAAGUUUGAUAAUAACGUGGUGAGGGAUACUUUGGUUAUAGCCAUUGGGAAUUGCUGUACCAGCUUUUUUGCCGGAUUCGCCAUAUUCUCUGUGUUGGGUCACAUGGCUUGGAAAAAGCAGGUCCCCGUGGGCGAGGUGGCAGACUCAGGUCCCGGGUUGGCAUUUGUGGCCUACCCAGAGGCACUUGCUCUGCUCCCAGGCUCUGUGUUUUGGUCAAUCCUCUUUUUCCUGAUGCUGUUCUCUUUGGGAAUAGACACUCUGUUUGGUAACAUGGAAGGUAUUACGACCGCUGUGCUGGAUGAGUUUCCGUCUCUCCGGGAGUGGAAGCGGAAGACCCUCUUCCUGGGAAUUUUGUGUUUUUGCUUCUACCUGAUGGGCCUUCUCCUGGUUACAGACGGUGGCAUCUACUGGUUUACUCUGAUAGACUCGUACAGCACCAGCUUUGGACUCAUUAUCAUCACUCUCUUCAUGUGCAUUGGCAUGGCUUUCUUCUACGGGGUGAACCAGUUUUGCCAGGAUAUCAUUGACAUGGUCUGCCGCUGCCCACCAUGGUGUACCAAACUCCUCCUGUACUUCAAGGCAUGCUGGGUAUUUAUCACUCCCGCUCUACUGACGUUUAUUAUGUUUUAUAUCUUCAUCGACAUGUAUAAUACUCCCCUUCGUUAUGGACAAUAUGUGUACCCACGCUGGGGCAAAGCACUGGGCAUAUGUAUGGGGUCCCUCUGCUGCCUUCAGAUACCCAUCUGGGCUGGAGUCGCCAUUUUUAAAGAGUCAGGGACAUUAAUGGAUAGGUUUAAAAAAUCUAUCCGACCACUAAACACUUGGAGGACAUCCAGCAGCCAGCGUGAGCAGACCAGUGGAAUCAUCGAUGUUCCGUAUACUGUUAACCUUACAGACAAUGACUUCAAUGAUCCAUUCUGGCAAGGGGGAGACACCUCUGAGUCCUGAUUACUGCCUGAAUAUAUAGUUACAUGCUACGCGCAAGAAAGUUGUGUGAAAUAGCAAGAACCCCAUUUCGUUGUUAUGUAAAACAAGUUGUUAUUUAUAAACUAUAAGGACUGCCUUUCAGACCCACCACAUGAGAUGGAGACAUCACAUGACCAACUAGUGAGAAGCGAACUCUCUGCAAUAUGUUGGCAAAAUGUGCAUAUUGUAACCGGUCAACUAGCCAAUACUACCUCCAAGGAAAACGCUGCUUGUCACUGCUUCUCUCUAGUUGUUUGGAUAUCAGCGUGUGGUGUAGCUAAGGGGGUUACUCAAGAACAAACAUAUUCCUUAUAAGUACUUUAGAUCACAAAGAACUGGAUAUCUGAAAUGGCAAAGUGUCAAUGUUUACAGUUUACGUUAUCAUGUAAACCACCUGGUCUGGAGUCUGGACCGCCGCACAUCGAGGUUUAUUAUGAAAUAAGGAUUCAGAACAUGCACUUUUCAUUACAGAGACAGAGAUUUUGUGGAUGCCACCAAACAUUUAAACAAUGGAUUCUCAACAUUGAUUUUCUGUCACAAAAGAGCCGCUCUGUAACGUGGACCUAAAAAGAAACCCAAAACACAAAGUUCUAUAGAAACAAAUGUUCUCACUCAGAGAAAGGGUCAUACUGUGCACUCGCUCCCAGACCUGGGUUCUGGAUAUUACUCUAUGUGAGAUAAGGCAAGAAUUAAUGUUAUUUACAAAUGUCCAACUACGGCAAGAUGAUCUCAGUGAAGAGCCAAAUUACCUCAAACCAUGGCUGCAGGGGACUCCAUGGACCAUUAGUUUUGGGGGUCACCUCCCUAUCUCCAUCUUAUCUUUUCAUUUUCACACAUGCUUGCGGUUAUCCGAGGACAGCUUUCGUUUUGGCCUAGAAGGAAUGAGAAUUUACAGCUUUUAUGGUGUAGACCUUCCUCUCUAUUCCACGCUGGUUCUCAAUGUAGGGCAUUG